AUGGAGGAGGAUGGUACCAAAAAUAAGGAAGAGGAAUUUAACACUGGGCCACUUUCUGUUCUGAUGAUGAGUGUUAAAAACAACACCCAGGUGCUCGUAAAUUGUCGGAAUAACAAAAAGCUGUUGGGUCGUGUCAGAUCCUUUGAUAGGCACUGCAACAUUGUUCUUGAAAAUGUCAGGGAAAUGUGGACUGAGGCAAAAACUGGUAAAGGUAAGAAAAAACACACGGUAAACAAAGACAGAUUCAUCAGAAAGAUGUUUCUCCGUGGAGAUUCUGUUAUGAUUGUUCUUAGGAAUCCCAAGUGA